AUGGGCGUUAAACCCAGAACCGACCGCCCCGUCGCAGUUAUCGGCGGCGGUGUCCUUGGACGCCGCAUCGCCUGUGUCUUCAUCGCUGCUGGCUACCAUGUCCACAUCCGGGAUAUCUCACCGGUGGCUCUCCGCGACGCGGCAGAUUUCGUCGAUAACCAUAGAACCGAGUUCUCGUUGAUGCCGCGCAUUCACAAGGCACGCGAAGAAGAUAAUGGGAGAAAGGCGGAUGGCACUAAGGAGGAGGCUGCCAUUUCCCAGGUUGAUCUCGAGUCGUAUACUUCUGCGCCCUACGGUAACUGCAAGACUUUUACCGAGCUCGAACCCGCCAUUUCCAAUGCUUGGUUGAUUAUCGAGGCCGUGCCUGAGAUUCUGCAGCUGAAGAUUGAUAUUUUGGGGGAGUUGGAUCAGUACGCUCCGACCGAUUGUUACAUCGGCUCCAACAGCUCCUCGAUGAAGUCAACCUUGAUGCUUGUUAAGGUCUCUCCCAAGCGCCAGAAUAAGGUCUUCAAUAUUCACUUCGCCAUGCCUCCUUCUAUCCGCAUCGUCGAACUGAUGACUUGUGGUAAAACCGAUCCCGAGGCCUUCCCUUACUUGGAGACUGUCUUAGGUGAGUGUGGCAUGUUGCCAGUGACAGCUCGCCGCGAAUCGACCGGAUUCAUCUUCAACCGCAUCUGGGCUGCAGUCAAGCGCGAAAUCCUGCAAGUUCUCUCCGAAGGUGUCAGCGACCCCAGUGAAAUCGACCUACUCUGGGAAAACAUGUUCAGGAACGGCCCUCUCCCCUGCCAACUGAUGGACCAAGUCGGCCUCGACACCAUUGCCUUCAUCGAAGAUAACUACAUCCGAGAGAGGGGUCUUCGCUCCGCCCCAACCGUCGACUGGCUACGCAAAGAAUACAUCGAGCAAAACCGUCUCGGCAAGAAGAGCGAAAAGGGCGGCCUCUACCCCCCGCUCGCGAAAUCAUCUUCCGCACAAGCAACCCCGGCAAACCCGCACAGCGCAGCGAAAGACAUCUACUUGCUGGAUUCCGGGCUCGGCGGAAAUGCCAAGGAUGUCUCGCAGGUGCACUCCAAUGGCCAAAUGGUGCGUCUUAACCUCGCAACACAAAAGCUCACCCCCAUCGUUGUCGGUCUGAACAUGCCCGACGGUAUCGACGUGUCACUGGAGACGCAGCGCGUCUUCUGGACGAGUAUGGGUCGCAACCCGGCGGCCUGUGAUGGCUCUGUCUGGUCUGCUGAUUUGGAUGGCGCCGAUAUCACGUGUGUUGUCCCCGUUGGAGGGGUACACACGCCCAAGCAGCUCGCCGUUAUCGAGUCGCAGAAACAUAUUUACUUCUGUGACCGUGAGGGCAUAAGCGUGCAUCGCUGUGAUUAUGAUGGUAGUAACCACGUUAUCCUGGUUCAGCGCCGUGUGGAGCCUGGUACCAGUCUGUCAGAUCAGAUGACGCUUUGGUGUGUGGGCGUUGCUGUCGAUGCUGAGCGCGGUCUCUUGUACUGGACACAGAAGGGGCCUUGCAAGGCUGGUCUCGGUCAGAUCUUCUGUGCUAACUUGGAUAUUCCUGAGGGGGAGACCGCCGAGAAUCGGACUGAUAUCCAGCGUCUGUGGAAUAACCUCCCUGAGCCUAUUGAUAUUGAGUUGGAUAGCGAGAGUCGGACUCUGUACUGGACGGAUCGUGGUGAGCACCCUUUCGGCUGCACGCUGAACCGCGCGUAUGUCGGUGGUGAGGAGAUGGAUUUCCAGAAGGUGAUUCUGGCUCGUCACUUCAAUGAACCUAUUGGCUUAAAGUUGGAUAAGGCGAGCAACAUUGUGUAUGUGGCUGACCUGGGUGGUAGCUUGUACUCGGUGUCAUUAGAUGAUGGAGUUAAGACUGGGGUUGUGCGCAAUGAUGUUUGCUAUACUGGGUUGGCUCUUGUUUAG